UUGUGACGUAAAGUGUAUCACGUCUGCGUCCCAUAUUGCAAACUUUGCGGGUAGCAUGCCGGUUGGCGUAAGGUGAAGUACCGUAUCGCGAAAACAACGCGGUGUACAUGUGCGCUACGACAAGUUCGCGUGCACUUGCUUACAACAGACAUUCAGGACAGACGUUAUUUUCAAGAAAAUACAGGAAAAAGUUUUGCUCCGAAAGAACAUCAUGGAUUUCGACGAGGUGCUGGAUGAGAUUGGCGAGUUUGGUCGCUUCCAGAUCAUCAACUACUUCCUGAUUUGCCUGCCUGUGAUGUUCGGUGCUGCCAACAGCCUGAGUUACGUCUUCACGGCUGGCGUGCCAGAUUACAGGUGCGCGGUGCCCGGCUGCGACGACCCCGCGGCGCCGGACUUCUCCCCGGCCUGGCUGCCGCGCGCCGUGCCCCCCGCCGACCCGCGCCCCGGCGCCGCCUACUCGCCCGCCGCCUGCCUGCGCUACCUGCCGCUCCGCAACCUCUCCGCCGCCCCCGCCGGCUGCGGCGCCGCCGCCUUCUCCGAGGCCGCCGUGCGCUGCGACGCCUGGCUCUUCCGCGACGAGCGCACCAUCGUCAACGACUGGAACAUCACGUGCGCGGACAACCAGUGGAAGCUGUCCAUGGUGGGGACCGUGCACUUCGCCGGCAUUCUCGUCGGCGCCUUCAGCUUCGGCUUCCUGGCCGACAGGUUCGGCAGGAAGAUCGUGUUCGUGUUCUGCAUCCUGCUGAUGUCCGUGUCCGGGGUCGCCCAGGCCGUGUCCCCCGACUACGCCACCUUCCAGGUGUUCGUCUUCAUCAACGCCCUCGGCACCUCGGGCGUGUACCCGCUGGCGUUCAUCAUCGGGGUGGAGCUGGUCGGCAAGAACAAGCGCGAGAUGAGCGGCAUAGUGCUCAACUACUUCUACGCGGUGGGCGAGGCGAUGGUGGGGCUGGUGGCGUGGAUGGCCAGGGACUGGGUGGUCCUGCAGCUCGUCCUCUCUGCCCCGCCGCUGCUCUUCGUGCUCUACUUCUGGUUUGUCCCAGAGUCAGUGCGGUGGCUGCUGACGAACAAGAAAAAUAAAGAAGCAUCGAGUAUCAUCACCAAAGCCGCAAAGACUAACGGAGUUAAACUCUCCGAAAGAUUACUGUCGAAAUUUGAUAUCAGUAAUGAGGAAGAGUAUGUCGGAGGCCGCACGUUCCCCACCAAAGUGAAGCAAGUGUUGGGUAUCUGGGAGAGCAUCUGCCUCAUCUGCAAGAACAAGAAGCUGCUGUUGCGAUCUUUCUUGCUGUUCUACGUCUGGAUAGCGAACGCCUUCGUGUACUACGGUCUGUCCGUGAACUCGACCGUCAUCGGCGGGAACAAGUACGUGAACUUCACGCUGGUGUGCCUGGUGGAGAUCCCGGGCUACAGCCUCGCCUGGUACGCCAUGAACCGCUUCGGCCGGAGGAAGGCCCUGUGCGGGUCCUUCAUGCUGUGCAGCGGGACGUGCCUCGCCGCCGGCUUCGUGCCUCCGGACACCGUCUGGGCCGUUGUGACGCUCUUCCUGAUCGGCAAGAUCGGCAUAACGUCUUCCUUCGGCAUCAUCUUCGUGUACACGGCGGAGCUGUACCCCACGGUGAUGCGCAGCGCCGGCGUGGGCGCCAGCUCCACCGUGGCCAGGGUGGGGGCCAUGGUCGCCCCCUUCGCGCCGCUGCUGGACGUGCACAUGAAGGCACUGCCAUUCCUGCUGUUCGGGGGAGUCGCGCUUCUGGCGGCGUUCGUGUCCUUCUUCUUCCCCGAGACUCUCGGCAGGAAGCUGCCCGACACCAUAGAAGAGGUCGACAAACUCUCCUGACUAGCGCCGAGCAGAGAAGAGCUGGUGGAAUUGAUGUCGGUGGAAAACGAAGAGGAAUAGACUCAUAUAAGUGGGAUGCCUAAGCUGCACAUAAAGUUCUGCCAUUCCCGAUUACACCCGAAAAAUUCACCUUCGGCCAACCUCGGGUUUAUUUAUAUAUGAUAUAUUUAUAUUUCUCUGUUUAUUUUAAUGUAGCUAAACUAACCUAACUAACCGUCCAUAGUGUUUUAAAGUGUUUUAAUGUAGCUAACCUAACCGACCACUUUUAAUAUUUGAAUUCAUUUUUCCUGCGUAAAAAUAAAACAAAUCCCGAAGUUGGCCGAAGGUGAAUUGUUCGGGUGUAAUCGGGAAUGGCAGAACUUUAUGUGCAUCAUAGGUCUCCCCAUAUAAGUAUGAUUUGUAUUUUCUUCGAGAAAAUAAAACGGAUUUUAAGUGUGCAGGAGAAGAAUAUAAGAACAGUAAUUUACAUCACAGUAUUAAAACUCAAAUGAAUUGAGAUACGUUUGUUAGGAAAUUCCCCCGACAUGCGGGAGCAACAGAUUGAUAAUCAUCCAGCUGCAUUGUGGCCAUCCCCAGCUGAUGGUCAGUAGAGCCCCGUCCAUAUCUUGUAGGAGGUACGCUGUGUGAACUCACCUUAGAAUGCUUUUGAGUUUGUUGUUUAUCCAUGUACUUAAAAUGUUAUUUCUAUAACAAAUGAAAUGUUUGAUUGAAUGCGACUUGAAAGAAAAUGUUUACAAAGCAGCCGAGAAGCACUAAGUUUUGAAGUGAAAUUACAUUGGCUUGAAUUAUUUAAAAGUUGUACGAAAUUAUGUAAUGAGGUAAUAACUGUAAUUUCUUAAAUUUGGGAUUUUGAUUUAUAAUAUGCAUGGCUUAUGGCUAUCGAGAAACACCGACAUGGCUGUUUGCACUGUUACUGUUAUGAUGUAAUGAAGACAUCUUACAAAUAAAUAUCGUUACCCUUU